AUGAACCGCCAGUUGACACGUGAGGACAUCCACCGUAUCGUCGACAGAUGGAAACAAUUGAAGGCCCAGUUUGGCGACCAGGCCAUCAAUGUUCCUGAAUUUGCUCAGUUGAACAAGAUAGUGAAAUAUUUCAACCAGCAACAGCAGAUGCUCCAGCAAAAUCCGAACUUGAGACAACAACAGCAGCAACAGCAGCAACAGCAGCAACAGCAGCAACAACAGCAACAACAACAACAACAGCAGCAGCUCCAGAACCAGAACCAACAAAAUCCAGCCCUUAACCCACAAAGCUCGAGCCAACUCAAUAACCAACAAAUUCCACAACUGCUUCCACAGCAACAACACCAGGGUAUCCAUCCACAGGGAACACCUCUGCACCAACAGCAACAAUUUCCUCAGUCGCAAUCACUUAACCAGAUGCAGUUUAACAACAAUAACAAUACUAGCAAUGUAUCUGGGACCGGUUCUGGUUCCCAGGGAAGUUCGAGUGAAUCUGCAUUUACCACUCAACAGUUUCAACUUGUAAAGUCGCAGUUUCAGGCUCUCAAGUAUCUUUUGAACAAGCCUGGAGCCAACAAUCCCCCUAUUCCGCAGAAUUUGAUCUCGUUUGUUACUAACGACAGAUCUGCUGUUCCUAGCGGUGGAUAUCUUCCUGCAAGACCUGGAUUUCAGCAGCCUUCUAACGAUGGACUCUUAAACCAGAAUGUGAUCGGAAUGCAGCAGGGCAAUCUCAACAAGGGAAUGAUUCCGGGCCAAAAUGUAAACCAGAACUUGUCAAUUAAGAAUAACACCGAUGUUAAUAAUUUGAACAAUCUUAAUAAUAGUAAACCGCCUAUCAAGAUGGAGGCAUCGAAACAGAAAGUAUCAGUACCGAUACAACAGAUUCCUCCACAAUCCCAACAACUUCAACAACCAGUUCUGAAACCUAUAAAGCCUGAAGGUUUGUCCGAUUCUGGUAGAUUGACUGAUUCCCUUUUGAAGCUGAAGCCUUACAUUCGUCAACCACAACCUCCUGUUCCUCUCAGUAAACUUGUUCCUGAUAAGACUAGCGAUAGCAAGAACAUUAUCAUUCCCAUAAACAAGCCAAAUGUACAAGUGGACAGUUUUGAACUUCCAGAGAUAUUUGGAGAUUCUGUGAAAGACAUUGAGUAUGGUGAGAUCUACUCUCCACAGAGUCGUCGUCAAAUUCCGGGAUUGAUGCCUGAUGGAAUCAAUUCCCAGGAAAUCUUUAACAACAAAGAAGCAUUUAUUGUGAUGCAAAUUGAGCUUGAAAUGGACUCAUUGAGAAAGAAACUCGAUACUAUUCAAGACAAUGAUAAAGAGCGCCAGAGAAUUGAGGCGGAAUUGGCUCUGUUAGAGAUGAUUCCUUUCCAAAAGGAGUUGCGCGGGAAGUUGUUGUCACAAGUCUGGUUCAGCAAGUCGUUGUUGCCCAAUUCUCAUCCCAACUUCCUAGCAAAGUUCAACACCUUAUCUCUUGAAAAUGUUGCUACAGCUCACGAUCUCUAUAGACACCAAUUGGAAACUUUACUUCAAGUGCAGAACCAGAAGCAUCAGAGCACUAUCAAUGAGAUCUUGCUGUACAGAGAAAAUAAGGAUGUAACUCUUGCGAGAAGAAGAGAUCGCCUCAACAGGUUUGCCACCAAGAUCAGCAGUUUCCACAAUCAGACAGCCAAGGAAGAACAGAAGAGAAUAGAAAAGAUGGCCAAACAACGUUUGCAAGCUUUGAAGCUGAACGAUGAGGAAGCCUAUUUGAAAUUGUUAGACCACACAAAAGAUACUAGAAUUACGCAUCUUUUGAAACAGACCAACCAGUUCUUGGAUUCGUUGGCUCAAGCUGUCCAGAACCAGCAGAGGGAGACCAGUGAAAGAUUUGCCAUAAGAGACGGAACUCUGGUGGAGACUAAUGAUGAAGACAAAAGAGAAAAGGUAGACUACUACCAUGUGGCUCAUCGGAUCAAGGAAGAAGUCACUAAACAACCUUCUAUCUUGGUAGGAGGUACUUUGAAGGAGUAUCAGAUUAAGGGUUUACAGUGGAUGGUUUCGUUAUUCAAUAACCAUUUGAACGGUAUCUUGGCUGAUGAAAUGGGAUUGGGUAAGACUAUUCAAACUAUUUCUUUGAUUACAUACUUGGUGGAAGUUAAGAAGAUCAAUGGACCAUUUUUAGUGAUUGUACCCUUAUCAACGUUGACCAAUUGGAACUUAGAAUUCGAUAAAUGGGCCCCAUCAGUGAAGAAAAUCACUUAUAAAGGUACACCUAACCAACGUAAGGUUAUGCAACAGGAUAUCAGACAGGGUAAUUUCCAAAUCUUGUUAACUACUUUCGAGUACAUUAUCAAGGAUAAGGCGCUAUUGUCGAGAAUCAGGUGGGUACACAUGAUUAUUGAUGAAGGACAUCGUAUGAAGAAUGCCAACUCCAAACUUUCUGAGACAUUGACCCAUAGCUAUCACAGUGACUACCGUUUGAUUUUGACAGGUACUCCCUUACAAAAUAACUUACCUGAGUUGUGGGCUCUUUUGAAUUUCGUUUUGCCCAAGAUAUUCAACUCAGUAAAGUCGUUUGACGAAUGGUUCAACACUCCUUUUGCCAACACUGGUGGACAGGACAAGAUCGAAUUAAGUGAAGAAGAAACUUUAUUGGUUAUCAGAAGAUUGCACAAGGUGUUGAGACCUUUCCUUUUGAGAAGAUUAAAGAAGGAUGUAGAAAAGGACUUACCCAAUAAGGUCGAGAAAGUGGUCAAAUGUAAGAUGUCAUCUAUACAAUCGAAGUUGUAUCAGCUUAUGUUGAAAUACAACAUCUUGUAUGCUAGUGACCCUAAUGGCCCCAGUGAUGUUCCGUUAAUCAUCAAGAAUGCUAACAAUCAGAUUAUGCAAUUGCGUAAGAUUUGUAACCAUCCAUUUGUUUAUGAGGAAGUGGAGAAUUUGAUCAAUCCUACUAUUGAAACAAGUGAUAUCAUUUGGAGAGUUGGUGGAAAGUUUGAGUUGUUGGACAAGAUUUUGCCCAAGUUCAAGACCACUGGCCAUAGAGUGUUGAUUUUCUUCCAGAUGACCCAGAUCAUGGAUAUCAUGGAAGAUUUCUUGAGAUUGCGUGGAAUGAAAUAUAUGAGAUUGGAUGGUGGAACCAAAGCCGACGAUAGAACUGCUUUGUUGAAGUUAUUCAAUGCCCCAGAUUCCGACUAUUUCUGUUUCUUGUUGUCUACCAGAGCUGGUGGUUUAGGUCUUAACUUGCAGACAGCAGAUACUGUUGUCAUUUUCGACACUGAUUGGAACCCGCAUCAAGAUUUGCAAGCUCAAGACAGAGCUCAUAGAAUUGGACAGAAAAACGAAGUGAGAAUUUUGAGAUUGAUUACCGAAGAUUCUGUCGAAGAAAUGAUUUUGGAAAGAGCUCAUGCUAAGUUAGAAAUUGAUGGUAAGGUCAUCCAGGCUGGUAAGUUUGAUAACAAGUCUACUUCCGAAGAACAAGAGGCUAUGUUGAGAGCCUUGAUCGAAAAGGAGGAAGAACGUAGACAGCAUGGAAAUGACGAGGAAGAAGAAGACUUGAACGAUGACGAGCUCAAUCAGAUUAUCGCCAGAAAUGACCUUGAGUUGGUGACGUUCAGAAGAUUGGACGAAGAAAGAGCACAAGCUACCAAAGAAGCGAAAUACCCAACGAGAUUGUUUUCUGACCAGGAAUUGCCUGAGAUUUACCAGAAGGAUCCCGAAGAGUUGAUCAGGAAGGAUGAAGUGAUUCUAGAAGAUUAUGGAAGAGGUACAAGAGAACGAAAGACGGCUACCUAUGAUGAUCAUUUGACUGAAGAGCAAUGGUUGAGACAAAUUGAUGGUGUUGUUUCUGAAGACAGUGAUGAUGAGGUAAAAGCCAAGCCUUCGAAGUUGAAGAGAGGAAGACCUCGUGGAAGACCCAGAUCAAAGGGCCCUGAACCUUCUGAUAGCAAAGAAGGCACUCCCGAUGUAAUCCAGACAGAUACUGAGUCUGUUACUUCUGUGAAAAGAGCUUUGACUGAUGAAGCUAUAGCUUCUGCCAAACGUCAAAAGUCCGCCACCCCUAAGCCAGCACCCGCCAGUCGCUCCAAGAAGGCAGCAGCUCGUAACAGAGGUGCCCGUAGUAAGAUAUCACUCUUGAAUCGUUCAACUCCAUCAGUGGAUCCAUUGACUCCUGAUGAAAGAGCACAAUUGCAGAAUGUUCUUGAGACAAUCUAUGGUUUAGUUAUCAACUACAAGAACUCUCAUGACAGAAGAUUGAGUGACUUGUUCAUGGUGAAGCCAUCGAGAAAGCUCUAUCCAGACUAUUAUGUCUUGAUCAAAAAUCCAAUUGCUUUAGACAUUGUAAAGAAGAGAGUGUUUUCCAAGACUUAUAGCCAAAUCAGAGAGAUGUUAGAAGAUAUACAUUUGAUGUUUAGCAACGCCAGAAUCUACAAUGAGGAAGGUUCUAUUGUGUAUCAAGAUGCCACAGCUCUCGAGCAAUUGGCCAUUGAUAAGUUCAAGGAGAUGUCAGGUGAUUUGAGCGCUGAAGAAAUUGAAAAGAUUCUUGACUUUAGAGAAUUUGACGAGACCUUCAACUUGAAACCUUUGGUAGUUCCAGCUGCCAUAAAACAACCAGUAGAAACCAAACUCGAGCAACUAGACAACGACGAGCCUAUUGACAGUCCCCUAGUUGGAAUCUCCACCAAUGGUGGAACCGAGUUGUCUACGCCCGUAAACCCUUAGAUAGGGAUCGGACAUGUAUAAUACAAUCGAUACACGGUAACAUUAAUAUAUUAAAUUUCAUAA